AUGGCAGACGAAUCAAAAGGAGUUCCAAUUAGCGAAUUGGGAAUUGAGCAAAUCAAUCAAUUACAAAAACAAGUCGAACAGGAAAUGCAGUUCUUCCAGGAAUCACUACAAACUUUGAAGGUAAUAUUUUUGGGAUAUUUGUUGAGAGCGAGAAAUUCUGUGAAAUUUGAAUUUUUUUUAGAAUUUUCGAUCUUUUUUCGUAAAAACUGAGAAUUUAAAUACUGAAAAAGUUUCUAAAAAAUGUCUUACCAUAAUUUAAAGUAAUUAUUUUCCUUGUUUCAGAUGCUGUCACAACGCAACGACAAAAGUAUUUUCGCAUUAUCUGACUUGAAAGGAUCUCAACCAAAUCAUUCAGCCCUCAUUCCACUCUCUGAAUCUCUUUAUAUCCGCGCUGAAAUUCCAAAUCCAGACAAGAAUCUCGUUGAAAUCGGAACUGGUUAUUUUGUCGAAUUGGAUCGUGAAAAAGCAAAAGGAAUUUUCGACAGAAAGAAACAACACAUGUUGAAUCAAAUUGAAACAGUCGAGAAGAUUCUUGUGGACAAAAGAAAAACUCGUGCCAUUCUCUCCGACACUUUCCAAUCAAAAAUUCAAGCACAACUCGCCCAAAUUCAACAGGCUAAAUAA